GUUCGGGCUGUUGGCAGAAAUACUAGGGGAUCAAUUGCCAUGAGACUAAAAGAGGGGGACAAGAUGGCAAGCAUGGACAUAAUACCAGCAAGCAUGCGGAAAGAUCUUGAAAGGGUGCCAGAAGAAACCCAGAACAAUGAAAGGAGCUUCAAUGGUCAAUGGUUAUUAUUUGUCUCCGAGAGUGGUUAUGGCAAGCGUGUUCCCCUCAGUAGCUUCCGAAUCUCUCCUUUGAAUAGAGUUGGUUUAAUUGGUUACAAGUUCGCCUCAGAGGAUCGAUUGGCAGCUGUCUUUGUGGUUGGGUUUUCAUUUUCAGAAGAUGGUGAAAGUGAUGAACAAGUUGUUCUAGUUAGCCAAAGCGGUACUGUCAACAGAAUUAAAGUUAGGGAUAUUUCAGUUCAAUCUCGUUAUGCAAGAGGAGUGAUUCUGAUGCGGUUGGAGCAUGCCGGAAAGAUUCAAUCAGCUUCGUUAAUCUCCACCACAGAAUCUGAGCUGGAAGAGGCGCUUCCUGUUACAGGGCAAACAGCAGGAGCUGAAACACCUGAAAAUAUUUCACUGAAUUCGUAGAGUCCAGUUUUAGGUGGGGUUGGUAUACAAUGUGAGAAGAAGAAAUAAGAUGGUGUUUGUAUAUGAAUGUACACUUAUAUAUGUUUUAUUUAUCGGGGAAAAUUGUCUUCCCAUUUUGAUUCUAAUAGACCAGAACUUUGAGGAAACUAAUGUAAGGGUAAGUCAACUUAUUUUAAUAGACCAAAACCCGAGAGAUAUUAAAUAUGUUCACACUUAUGAUAUAAUAGUAGUCAGUUAAUUAAAUU